AAUCAAAGUCAGCAACCACGGUAAUGGACUUCGUUCAAGUUUCGGAGGAGGAAGCUGAUGAGCCCAUCGAGCUCCCGUGCGAGGAAGAUGGCACUCUGCUGCUGUCUACUUUGCAGGCUCAGUUUCCUGGGUCCUGCGGUCUAAAGUAUCGCAACCUGGACACGAAGGCGGUCCGCGGAGUUCGAUCUAACGAGGGCAGACUAUUCCCGCCGAACGUGGGUUCAGGAUGGGGGGAAUACUAUUAUUUCUGCGCGUACCCCAAAGAAAACAAGCGCAAGAGCGAUGAUAGCUUGGAAAACACAACUGCCAAGACCAAACGCAUUGAAACGCGUUUGCGUUGCACUGAUCUUGUAGUUCUCGGUUUGAAUUGGAAGACAACUGAGGAGAGUUUGAGGGAAUACUUUGAGUCCUUUGGGGAGGUGCUUAUGGCCCAGAUAAAAAAGGACCCCAAGUCGGGGCAGUCUAAGGGUUUUGGAUUCGUGCGCUUUGGAUCUUACGAUGCCCAGGGCCGCGUUCUUUCCAAUCGUCACCUCAUCGACGGUCGGUGGUGCGAGGUCAAGGUGCCGAACUCCAAGGGCGGGGACAAUGAGUUGCCCUGUAAGGUAUUUGUAGGACGCUGCACAGAGGAAAUGAACGCAGACGACUUACGCGAGUAUUUCUCGAAGUUCGGCGAGGUCACUGACGUGUUUAUUCCCCGUCCCUUUAGAGCCUUCAGUUUUGUGACUUUUCUCGAUCCUGACGUGGCACAGUCCCUGUGUGGAGAGGACCACAUAAUUAAGGGUGCAUCGGUUCAUGUGUCAAAUGCUGCCCCAAAAGCCGAGCAAAACAAAAACCAGCAUGGCCAGAGCUACAACAAUUCCGGCCGGAAUGGAUACCAAAGAGGUAACAACCAACGCAGUUCUUACGGCGGUGAGAAUUCAAUCAUCGGCAAUGACGGCAACAACGGCACCACCGGUUACGGUAUGGGUGACAAUAAUUAUGGAGGAAAUUCGGGCGGCGGCUACCGUAACAAUGGUUAUAACAAUUACUCAAACAACGGGAAGGGGAAUCGCCAGGACGGGGGGUCCCGGUAUAGCAAUAGGCAGGAAAAUUUAUACGCAAUGAAUCAGUCUCGAAACGGUAACGUGGGAACGAACAACGGCUGGGUGAACCGGGCCAAUCUGGACAUGCCCAACUUACAGGCGCUAGGCCUUAACUCGCAAGGAUCGAACUCUUCCAACCAGGGCCAGAACAUGCUCAAUCUCAACUCAUUUCCGAUCAAUCCCGCUAUGAUCGCUGCAGCUUUGAAUCAGUGGGGCCUGAUCAGCAACCAGCUGAAGAAUCAAAACCAGGACCAGCAGGGUGGAAAUUUUUUAACCUGGAUGGCCCAGAACGGUGGCCACAACAACGCUAAUAACUUUGGUGGACGAAGAGGUUCGAAUAACCCGAACAAUCCGGGUUCCAACGGAAUGAAUCACGGCGAAAACUCUGGCAUUAACGACCAAUAGAAUGGAAACCCCGGUUGGUCAAAAUCGGAGCAGUGGGCCUCAAAACUCCGUGCAUAUUUAAACAUUCUUUAUGGCGGUACCAACUGCAGGACUUGGUAUCUAAUAAUAUAUACAAUUAUACAAUUAUAUGUACCCGUAUGAAUUCUACAUCUAAAGAAAUUAUGAAUGGAUUUUAAUUUGAAGCUGACAUUUUGAUAGUUGUAAGUUGGUGGAUUAUAAUAAAAUUUAUAUAAUUGUGGGCAAAAUAAAUUAUGAACCAUCGCUUA